AUUGCCGGAUGAAGACGAACGAUGCCAUUGCUUUAGUCCUACUGUGUUACGACGUCGAGUUUGUGUUACAGUUCCCGACGAAUGGCGGAGCCGGUCACCGACGACAAUGAUUAUGCCCUACAACGUCAACUUGCAGUUGUAGACGUUGUAACUCCUAUUUCACAUUCCAUUUCUAAUUCAGAUUCUUCUGCGAUCACUCCUUUCUCCUCACCGUUUUCUCUUCCUGACGGCUGGUUCGUCCACCCGGUCCCCCGCUCCGACGGCCUUCGCGUCGACAAGUAUUACAUUGAGUCAGAAACAGGGCGCAAAUUUCGAUCUAGAAGAGAGGUUAAGAGAUACUUGAAUGUUGAAGAAUAUAAAGCUACUAGAUCCAGACCUUUGAGACUUACCUACAGAAUUAAGAAUAAGUUGGAUCUGAAGAUGAUUACAUCUCAAGCAAAUUAUUACAAUGAUCCAAAUACUGAACGAAAGUUCCGAUCUUUAAAAGAUGUUGAGAGGAACCUUACAAAAGGAUCUACAUCUACUAAAUCAACCACCAAGAGGCUAAAAUACCAUGAAAAGCAUCUGCAGAGUUGCAGUAGUCGAAAGAAAACUGUCUCUAGAGGAAAGAUGCAGGAUUUUGAAGAGGAUAAAUAUAAUCGAUAUCAAUUAGUAAAUGUAACUCCCACAAGUUUUCAUUCCUCCUCCACUUUCACUCUCCCUGAUGGUUGGAUUGUAGAGGAAGUCCCCCGAAAAACUGGAGACCAUAUUGACAGGUAUUAUUAUGAGCCAGGGACUGGACAGAAGUUCAGAUCCUUGACAGCUGUCCAGAAGCACAUAGCAGAACUUGAAGAAAAUGCACCUUUAUCUGUAGUACUUGAAGAGCUUAGAGAAAAUAAUUUACCAAUUGCCAAGGCUUUUAAAUUAAGCAAUUCUAUAAAGAAUCAUGGUUCAUAUGAUUCAUGGAAGAAAAGUGUUUUGAAAAAGGAAGAAGGUUCAUCAUCAUUUACCACUAGUCCUCCAAGCAAGAUCAAUUGGGUUAUUGCUAGUAGUGGAGGGCAAAAUUGGAAUGCUUUUAUUGGUGAUAAUCCGAUUCCGGAUUCUCUCAAGCAAGAAUGGAAUGAGAGAUUCCUGUUGGCCAUUGGUAAUGGGAAUCACAAUCAACCGCUUUCAGCGUAGCAAAGGUAUUGGUGUAAAAUGGUUACAAGAUUGGGUCAUGGAAUCUGUUAGGAAAUGGAAUGGAAUUCAAAUUCUAUUCCGUUGUAUAUUUUUCCUUCGUUUGUAAAUCUUUCAAAUAAUUUAGGAGGUAAUAAUGACAGAUGUCGAUUUUUUAUUUUAUAAACGCAUGUUUGGAAAUAAAUUAGCUUCUAUUUAUUUUUUAUAUAUAUAAUAA